CGUCACACUGAUUACCUUCCUCCGCACCGCUACUGUCACCAUGGCAAGUGUGGUUUGUGCCAAAAUGCUCCUUCAGAGAUCAUUGCCAAGGUUAAUCGUUCCCUCCAGAACAACACCUGCUUCCCUCAGUCCGUCUCUGUCCCGGGGUCACCGUUUGGGCCCGAGUGAUGACGAGAGGUAUCAGCGUACCACGGUUUCGGUUAUGAAGAAGGAGCAAGGGAGCGGCAUCAUGAUCCACAGCUACAGCUCUCAAGGAUUUAACAUUGAUGGCAACAAAGUGUUUGGGCCCUGCGCAGUGUUGCCUCCUUCUAUCCUGCAGUGGAAGGUUGGGACUUCUAAAGAUAUCACAGAAGAAAGUGUUUCACUUUUCCAUAUGAUUGUACCCCAAAUUGAGAUUCUCGUUCUGGGCACUGGUGAACGGCUUGAACGCAUUCAUCCCUCCGUUUUGGCUCUUCUUAAGCGCAAACGCAUUGCUGUGGAGGUGCAAGACACGCCAAACGCAUGUGCAACAUUCAACUUCCUGAUAAGUGAGAACAGGAUAGCGGCCGCUGGUCUGAUCCCUCCUUGCGCCAGCAGGGCGCUUGAGGUGAAGCAGGAGUAGGUGAACAUGCCUAAAGCACGGCUAAGGACUGUUUCCAGGAGAUAGAGGUUCAUGAAGCAUCUUCAGCCCGUGUCAUACUUUAGUCACCAAGCUGCUCUUCUCUGAUCUUUGUAUGAACCUCACCUAUCGGCCGUCAUCUGAAACGAGACUUGAUGAGCUGAAAUGUCGCUGCUUCAAAAACUCACUUGAAAUCAGUUGAACAUUUAUUUGUAAGACAGCACUGAUGGCAUAAUGUGUGACAUUUUGCUUGUAAAUAAACCAUGUGUUAUAUGUCUAAAUUAUAUAUUUAAAAGUGUUGUAAGAGAACGAUUUGUACUAAGUUGUUUCUGUUAUAGUGGCUUAAAGGUGUUAGACAAGCAUAAGGUUGGCUCUGUUUGUGCUGCUAAAUUGCUCCCAUUCAUUCAGUAAUUCUGCAUUGAACGCUAGAUUUCUAUUUAUAAUGCACACAUGCUUUGUAUGGAAAUAGUCGCUGUAUAGACAUGCAGUGCGUACUGUAUAGCGACUGUUGUAGUGCCUGUGUGGCUGUGUCACAGUUUGGCGCCCUUAGUCACCGGUGCGCUCUCCCAGUGUAUUUCCAUUUACCGCUCCACUCUGCCAGGCAGUCACACCCGCCUAUUUGAGGUUCUCCGAAUGACUCAUUGUCAGAUUGUUCGCAACGCGCCCAUACAAGACACUGCUGCACUUUUCCUUGGGUUGACCUACGGUUGUCGACCCUGUGUGCCCCUAAUCUUCCUGCCUUGACGUUCUCCCGAGAAUCCCCUCGGUCUUCAGCCCCUGAGCAUGAAUUCCACCUUAACACAUUUGGCUUUCCCCUUGGUUGUUUGCUGUUCUGCUACAAUGGCAACUAAGUGUGAGUUUCCCCGUCCUGUUAUCAGUGGAUGACGGAGCAUUACAUGACCUGGCCUCAAACCCACAUCUUCAAAGACUAUCUAGAGUUUGAAGUUAACUGUGUUGUUACUGACCAGUUCGUUGUUGGACUUUUGGAAGUUAUUAAAAGCCAAUUCCAUCUAGUUUUUGUGGUCCG